ACCGUUACAGUUUCCACUCAACAUCAGUCAACAUCAGUAGUUAACAAAUUUGGACGAGUGCCUUCGGUCUGUGUGGGAUUUAUAAACCAAAACAAUGAACAAUAAUUAUAAAUGCUUUACAUGCGCCCAAAAAUCCGAAAAAUUCUUCCAAAUCGUGAACGAUGAAGAAGAAUCGAAACCCAACAUUCGCAUGGUCAUGUGCAAGCAUUUCUGGUUUCAGGAGGACGACCUACAAAGUGCCGUCAUCUGCGAAUUCUGUUGGGAGAAAGUCGAUCAGUUCCAUCAGUUUUACCAAGAAGUGAAGACAUUGCAUGAAGAUCUGCUGGACUCAAGACCGCUUUCCGUAUAUCUCAAACAGGAGGACAAUGGUUGCGAGGCGAAUUCGCUAUUUGACAACUGCUUGGAUGCAACGUUGGAAGCGAACGAAACUUCCGACAUAGUUGAGUGUGAGCCGGAUAUUGAGGAUGAUUCCGAUCAGAAGCCAUCAAUGGGUGACACCGAUAUUGAUAUUGAUGAAAAACCACUCAUAGUUAUGGCCGAAGACGAUGAAGAUGUUCGUUAUGAAAUUCGAAAACUGCGCAACGGGUCGAAACGGAUUGCAUCGGAAAAAGGAUCUAAAGCUAAGCCGUCGAAGCCGAAAAAAAUUUACCGGAAGCGAAAGAAGUUAUCACCGGAACAGCAAAAAGAGGAGGACGACUUCAUCAAACAGCACAGAUCUUAUGUCUGCGAGCAUUGCUAUGAAGAGUUUGAUGAUUUCCAAGCCAUCAUUCGCCACACGGUUCAGGUUCAUGAUCAGCCGUACAUCGUAUGCUGUGACCUUAAAUAUAGAACUCGGGCAGCUCUUCUUCUGCACGUGCAGCAUUUACUCAAUCCGCAAACCAUCAAAUGUGAGAUUUGCAACCGAUCGUUCAAGUCUCAGAGUAGCGUCAACCGCCACAAAGAGGAAGUUCAUCCCGAAGAGCAUCAACUGAUAUUCAAAUGCGAGCGAUGUCCGAAAAGCUUUCCCAAGCAAAAAUUGCUGCAGCGGCAUAUAGACCAGCAUGAAACACUGGAAAAGGAGAAAGCCAAAUGCCCCACCUGUGGCAAGUGCUUCAAAACGAAGGUUCAUCUCAGGAGGCACAUCCUGGCGGUUCACGAAAAGAGCUUCGAAUUUAUUUGUGAGGUUUGUUCGAAAGGCUUCCUAAAGCAUUCGGAACUUAAGGCGCACCAGGUGUAUCACGAGCUGACGGCCGAGCAGCAGAAGAAGCAGUGCCCCAUUUGCAACAAAUGGAUGAAAAACCUCCGAUACUGGAGGAAACAUAUGGGCCGACACCGGGGCGAGGGAGAGUACAAAUGCGAACAUUGCGAUCACGUGUCGAUCAAUUUACUAUCGCUGAAGUUGCACGUCGAGCGGAAGCACAACCCGAAGUGUAAAAAGUACGUUUGCGAACUGUGCAACAAGGAGUAUUCGCGGCCUGUCACGCUGAGGGAACACAUCGCUAAUGCCCACACGGGGGAACCGUUGUACCAGUGUCAGUUUUGCGAGAAGAAGUUCUUCUCGAAUGCCACCAUGUACGCGCACAGGAAGAAGGACCACCCGCAGGAGUGGCUGAAGGAUCACAAGGCCAAGUUUGCCAGUACGGAGCAAAACGAAGAAGGAGGGGAUGGUAGUUCGAAAUAGUGGUAACGUUUUUUUUUCUAUGUUGAUUUGAUGUAGCAAUAAUAAUAAUAAAAAUCAAAUGAAAAUAAUA